AUGUCACCAAUCACAUUAUACACCUAUCCAGAAUCCACCUCAAUCGCACCGCAUAUACUCUUACACGAGAUCGGCGUCCAGUUCGAGACCGUCGACAUCACGUCGGCCGAAGAUGGGCUCGAAGAGCUGCGAAAACUCAAUCCUAAAGCACGUAUCCCGGUUCUGAUCAUCGACGACCAAGUCAUCACAGAAUCAACAGCCAUCAUGACUGCAAUUGCCCAGCUCGCGCCUGAGAAACACCUGCUUGGCAAGACCAACCUCGAAGUUGUCCGCGUGUAUGAAUGGUUGAACUGGUUAUCUGGCACACUUCAUGGACACGCGUGGGGCAUGGUGUUCAGGCCAGAGAGGUAUAUUGACGACGUUAGUAUGCAUGAUGCGGUCAGAGCCAAAGGGAUGGUAGCAGCGAAGGAGAUAUAUGAGAUGGUAGAGGAUCAUUUGCGAGGUGUGCAUGCUGUCGGUGAUGGUCUCACCGUUGUUGAUGCAUUCUUGUAUGUCUUCUAUCGUUGGGCAACCAGCACCAAGUGGUCUGUAGAGUACAACACUGUCAAGAGGCAGAAGUUGUUCCAAAACACCCCCAAGGACCGCAGCGCCUUCCCUGCCCUCCAAGCCGCGGUCAAGCCACACAUCGAGUCUUUCAAUGCUCUAUGGGAGGAGAGCUUGGUAGAUGCAGGCCUGAAAGACAUAGGCAUACAGACCGUCGUCGAUGGCGAUCCUCGAAAUCCCAGUCGUUCGAUAGCACGGAACAGACUGGACCUCAGGGUGACAGAAGUUCUACUCGAGAAAGCUGUCCUACCGCCAACCAAUAAAUACAGCAUCCAAGACCGAAAUAUCUAUCCUGCCGAGUGUCGCGAAAGACACGCUACAUACCGAGGAAAGCUGAGAGCACGAUUACAAUACAGAAUAAACAAUGGCGAUUGGAAAGAGUCAGUACGAGAUAUCGGUCAGAUGCCCAUCAUGCUGCGCUCAAACAGAUGCCAUCUCGAACGGUUCUCUCCCGCGGAGAUGGUCCGUCGUAAAGAAGAGUCUGAAGAGCUAGGAGGCUACUUUAUUGUCAACGGAAACGAGAAGCUCAUACGAAUGCUGAUUGCAUCGCGGCGGAACUACCCAAUGGCCAUAUCACGACAUGCGUUCACCAACAGAGGACCGACCUUUUCCAAAUUCGGCAUACAGAUACGAUCCGUCAGACCUGAUCAGAGUUCUCAAACCAAUGUGCUUCACUACCUGACCGAUGGAAACGUUACAUUCAGAUUUUCCUGGCGAAAGAACGAGUACCUGAUUCCAGUGGUCAUGAUUCUGAAGGCUUUGGUCGAGACCAACGACCGCGAAAUCGCCGAAAGCAUCAUCGGCUCAUCAUCCUCAAAAUCUCCCAAUUCGUUUGUAUCCGAUCGUACCGAACUCCUCCUGAGAACAUACAAAGCAUACAACCUGAAAACGAGAGCACAAACACUAGCCUACCUCGGCGAAAAAUUCCGACCAGUCCUGGGGUUACCCAUUACCACACCGGAUGAAAAGAUUGGCGAGGAGUUCUUGAGGAAGAUUGUGCUACCGCAUCUCGGCAACGUCGAUGUGACCGCAGCCCAGAACAACGAUAAGUUCCAACUGAUGCUGUUCAUGAUCAGGAAGCUGUACGCUCUAGCGGCGGGUGAUUGCUCGUUGGACAAUCCUGAUGCUGUAUCAAAUCAAGAGGUUCUGCUGGGUGGUUUCCUUUAUGGCAUGAUUCUGAAGGAGGGCAUUCACGAUUGGCUCGUCGGGAUCGGGCUAGCUGCGCGAGAAUGGCUCCGGAUGAAGAACGGCGCCAAAUUCACAGAUCCGGGCUUUGAAGCAGACUUUCUUCCCAAAAUUGUGCGCAGGACGAAUGAAAACAUUGGAGGUAAAUUGGAAUACUUCCUAUCGACAGGUAAUCUGGUCAGUCAGACUGGGUUGGAUCAGUCGCAGACGUCAGGCUUCACCAUUGUCGCCGAGAAGAUCAACUUCUACCGGUUCAUCAGUCAUUUCCGGUGUAUCCAUCGAGGAACGUUCUUCGCGCAGCUCAAGACAACCACAGUCCGGAAACUGCUACCAGAAAGUUGGGGGUUCCUAUGCCCUGUUCACACUCCUGAUGGCUCUCCUUGCGGUCUGCUGAACCAUCUCGCCCAUCAAUGUAUGGUGCAGAUCAAGAAGAUCGACACAUCUGGUAUUGAAAAGGCUGUGAUACAGCUAGGCCUGUCCCCUGUGCCGGCAAUGGACAUCGAAGAUAGUUUGUCAGUACAGCUCGACGGACGUAUCCUAGGAUACUGCCACGCGAAGCGAGCUAGAGACAUCUCUCAGCUCCUUCGGCAUUGGAAGGUCAAUGGCGAGCACAGUAUCCCCACAGAGCUUGAAAUCGGGUUUGUCCCAACAUCGAACGGCGGCCUGUAUCCCGGUCUGUACCUCUUCACCGACCCAUCCCGAAUGUUGCGGCCGGUCAGGUACAUCGCCGCAGACAAAAAUGACUUUGUUGGCCCCUUCGAACAGCAAUACAUGAAUAUCGCUUGCGUGGAAGCCGAUAUCAUACCUAAUCUCACCACCCACAUCGAGCACAAACCGACCAACAUUUUCUCCAUUCUCGCCAACAUGACCCCGUUCUCCGACUUCAACCAGUCUCCCCGAAAUAUGUACCAGUGCCAGAUGAGCAAGCAGGCCAUGGGCACGCCUUCAUCGAACAUGAUGUGCCGAACAGAUAACAAAGCUUACCUCCUGCAGACUGGACAGACACCAGUAGUCCGGCCGCCACUUUACAACGAGUACGGCCUGGACAAUUUUCCUAACGGCAUGAACGCGGUCGUCGCCGUGAUUUCCUAUACUGGCUACGACAUGGACGAUGCUAUGAUUAUCAACAAGUCGGCGCAUGAGCGAGGGUUUGGUGAUGGCGUGAUCUACAAGACAAAGGUCUACAACCUGGACGAGAAGUCCCGCGCUGCUCGGUCCAAGACUGAGAUCAAGUCCCUGUUCGGCUUUGCCGAGGGGGACCCCAACAUUUCGCCUGAAGCUCACAGCGCGCUCGACUCCGACGGUCUACCAGGUAUUGGCACCAGAGUCAAAGAAGGUGAUAUUGUGUUGGCCUACCACAGCGUCAUGUUCGAUCCAUCCGAAGGUAAAUUGAGGAACCUGGACGGGAAGACAUCAUUUUAUAAGUAUAAAGAAGCCGAAGAAGCUUGGAUAGACCAGGUUCGAUUGAUAGGAUCCGAAAACGGCGACCAACCGUGCCAGGCAAUCAGUAUCAAGUACCGCAUUCCCCGACGACCGAUCAUUGGAGACAAAUUCUCCUCCCGCCAUGGGCAGAAGGGUGUCUGCUCAAUGUUGUGGCCCAGCGAGGACAUGCCGUUCAGCGAAACUGGCAUUCAACCCGAUGUGAUCAUCAACCCGCACGCUUUCCCGUCUCGAAUGACAAUUGGCAUGUUCGUUGAGUCUUUGGCCGGUAAAUCCGGUGCUCUGCAUGGCCUGGCGCAAGAUUGCACACCGUUCUCGUUCGAUGAAGACAACACCGCGGGUAACUUCUUCGGUGAUCAACUUCGACAGGCCGGGUACAACUUUUACGGAAACGAGCCUAUGUACAGCGGUAUUACUGGCAAGGAGUUCGCUGCCGACAUAUACAUGGGCGUCGUGUACUACCAGCGACUGAGACACAUGGUCAGCGACAAGUUCCAGGUGCGGACGACCGGUCCGGUCAACGCACUCCACGGCCAGCCGAUCAAAGGCAGGAGUAAGGGUGGUGGUAUUCGUGUCGGAGAAAUGGAGCGGGAUUCGCUCAUUGCUCACGGCUGCAUGUCGUUGUUGCAGGAUCGGCUGAUGGACUGUUCCGACAAGACUAGGGCGUGGGUGUGCCGCUCUUGUGGCAGCUUCAUCAGUACCAUGAUGGUGCCGAACCAGUUCACCCUUGGCAAGAGAGGCGGUCGUGUCCAGCCCAGUGGGAUUGUGAGGUGUCGUGCUUGCGCCAGACCCGCAGCGUUCGAGGACAGCAAAUUGAACGUCUGGGAGGACGGUGCUGGGCGGAAAUAUUUUGGCGGCGACAACACCACCGUCGUCUUUGUACCACAAGUUUUGCGGCUAUUGGACAUAGAGCUGAGCACAAUGGGAGUUCGAACGAGGUUCGACAUAGAGAAUUGA